AUGGCCUCCCGAGCCAGACCCUUCGAAAUGGGCAAUGCGGCACCCCAGGGCCAGCCUGCACAGCAAGGCAACCCAAACAGAGCCCUCGUACAUCAAGCGCCCCGCCAACAAACCAUGAACCCUGCCUUCCGCAACGACGGUCGGGACGGCACAUACGCGUUGCCUCAAGCAAACAUGGGAGCGCUUGUCCAAUAUGGCGACGGGGCGGAGAACCUCUACCAGACCGGCCUAACCUGGGUCCCAGGUCAGCGUAUGGCACGAGGGUACUCCGACGAGGGCCCACGCAUGAGCCGCCAGGACUCGAUGUCAUCAGACUCGGUUUGGACAUCUCCAUCAAGCAGGGCCAACAGGUACUACAACGACUUCAACCGCCCCCCCAAACGCGAAAUCUUCGACAUCCGCGAAGACGACCAGUGUAUGACAGAGGCCCAGGCCCGCGAUAGACUUUCCUCCUAUGUUGUGAUCCGCAUGGAGAGGGCAAACGUCGAUCACGACGUGGAUCGCGAUGGCAACAGGAGACAGCCCACGUGGGAGAAGGCAGAGCAGGUCAUCCUGACGGACGUUUCCGAGAAAGAUGCGCACCGCAAGGUCAGAGAGUUAGACACAUUCACAGCCUGCAUCACCGAUAAAAGAAGCGAUCUGGCGGCUGCCAUCAACCAUCAACUUGACCACGCUCUUGAUAAGCUCGAGCAGCAGGAGAUAGAUUCCCGAUAUUGCUACGUGUUAGCGCAAAUCGACCAGAAGGAAAAGAAGGUAACGGUCGCCCCAGAGACUGCGCAACCAUACUACAUCGAGCUCCCACCCAGUAAAUCCAAGAGCAAUGGACGCAAAGACUCCAAGAAGAGACACAAGAAGAAGCAGAAGCCCAAGACGUACCUCGUCGAGCCAAACACCUCCAAGCCCCGGCGCGAGAAGCAGACUGUUUCCAUAACUGCAUACUUCAAGCGAACACCCAAGGCAGACGAGAAUUGCCUCAAAAUGCUCCGCGAGGCCGACGACAACUGGAAUCAGGGGCAGCGUGACGAAAUGCAGUCGGCCAGGCUGCGCCAGUCAAGCCGCCUCUUCCCCCACAGACCCCGGCACCCACCUCCAUCGCCCGAGCGGCUUCCCCGUCAGCAAAGCGGGCCUCUCGUCCUUCAGGACCCUAGACAGAUGGAGCCGCGUGCCCAGUCCAUGGUACAAACACAACAGCCAGGAUUCGCCCAGCAACAUCCACAGCAGAGAAUCGGUCUUUCUUAUCCAUAUUCAAUCCAGCAAGAGCCUCAGUCGCAACAGGCCAUGUCAACUCUACCGGCUGGCCAAGCUGCCUCACGCGUGCAGAGCAUGCACCCCCUGCGCCAGGAGCAACUCCACGACCAGCAGCGACAGGUCGCAGCUGCGCAACGGAUGCAGCAACCAGCCCAAAGGCCUGCUUUGCAACAGACAGGCGCAAAGGCUGUCGCGAACAUGCAGAGUGCACGUGGAGGAGGCCAGAGGCAGCAGAUCAUCCUCCGUCUCUUCUUCCGGCUCAUCAAGAAGCCGAACAACGCCUACGCGGGUUCACCGCACUUUUACGACUCGUCGGAGAGACAGCAGACCCGAUGUGUCGCCAAUCAGGGCUGA